CGUCCAGGUUCAAAGAACCGUCCGCAGAUUCCCUCACCCCGCCGCUCAAAUCUCCCCGCCCCUGUCCACUCUCCUCCUGCCCCCUCUCCUUCUCUCGGCCGGCGUCCGCAACAGUCAGCCAUGUCCGCGGAGGCGGACCGGGGCUUCCGCCCGCUCGACGAGGAGUCCCUGGUUGCCUACAUCAGGGCCAUGCCCGCCCUCGCCUCCCGCCUCGGCGGCAGCCUCGACUCCAUCACCAUCAAGGAGGUCGGCGACGGCAACCUCAACUUCGUCUACAUCGUGCUCUCCGACGCCGGCGCCAUCGUCGUCAAGCAGGCGCUCCCGUACGUGCGCUGCGUGGGGGACUCGUGGCCGAUGACGAGGGAGCGCGCCUACUUCGAGGCCUCGGCGCUGCGGGAGCUCGGCCGUCUGUGCCCGGACCACGUCCCGGAGGUCUACCACUUCGACCGCGCCAUGUCGCUCAUCGGGAUGCACUACAUCGAGCCACCGCACAUCAUCCUCCGCAAGGGCCUCAUCGCCGGCGUCGAGUAUCCGCUGCUUGCCGAGCACAUGUCCGAUUACAUGGCCAAGACGCUCUUCUUCACUUCUAUGAUCUAUAACUCCACCACGGAUCAUAAAAGAGGAGUUGCUCUAUACAGUGCUAAUGUGGAGAUGUGUAGGCUCACUGAGCAAGUUGUGUUCUCGGACCCAUACAGGGUUUCCAAAUUUAAUCGGUGGACCUCGCCUCAUCUUGACAAAGAUGCUGAGGCGGUUCGAGAGGAUGAUGCACUGAAGUUGGAAGUAGCUGAACUGAAGUCAAUGUUUAUCGAGAGAGCUCAGGCUCUGAUUCAUGGAGAUCUCCACACUGGUUCUAUCAUGGUGACCAUAGAUUCGACUCAAGUCAUUGAUCCGGAGUUUGGGUUCUACGGGCCAAUGGGUUUUGACAUUGGAGCCUUCCUAGGAAACCUGAUUUUGGCAUACUUUGCACAGGAUGGACAUGCUGAUCAAGCAAAUGAUCGUAUAGCUUAUAAGAAAUGGAUCUUGAAGACAAUUGAAGAGUCAUGGAAUUUGUUCCAUAAGAAGUUUGUUGAACUAUGGAAUAAACACAAAGAAGGGAAUGGGGAGGCAUACCUGCCCAAUAUAUACAACAACCCAGAACUGUUAAGCCUUGCUCAGAAGAAAUACAUGACAAAUCUAUUUCAUGAUAGCCUUGGAUUUGGUGCAGCCAAAAUGAUCAGGAGAAUAGUUGGAAUCGCUCAUGUCGAGGAUCUUGAGUCAAUUCAGGAUGCUAGCAAGAGAGCACAGUGUGAGCGUGGGGCCCUCAAUUGUGCAAAGACGAUCCUGAAGGGAAGACGCCAAUUUGAGAACAUCGAGCAAGUCAUUGUGCAUAUUCAAUCGUUCGGUCAGGACUGAGAAGACCAGACAUCUAUUUGGCGUUUUAGGAUUCAUAUUUUCGUCAGUGACCAUGUUGCACUAUGCACACUUGAGUAUUGAUGAAUUGUUUGUUCUAAAGCACCGUUUGUUUGUGCUUUCAGUAUUGCGAUUAUGAUGAAAAACCUCGGUGUCUGGUCCGCUUUUAGUUUUAGCUGUGUACAAUAGGGUAAGAUUUUCCAGCAUGACAAAGAGCUGAAUAAUGAAAUGUACGAGAUAUCUCCACGUUUAUCUCAAAAGAUAUAUACAAUAAAUUUGAUCUGAUAGUUUUUGGGAA